AGCCCCUGAAAUCAUCCUCGGUUUACCAUUUUGUGAAGCAAUCGAUAUGUGGUCAUUGGGAUGUGUCAUUGCCGAGCUGUUCUUGGGCUGGCCGUUGUACCCGGGAGCUUCGGAGUAUGAUCAGAUUCGCUAUAUUUCACAGACGCAGGGCUUACCAGCAGAAUAUUUGUUAAGUGCAGGGACAAAGACUACGAGGUUUUUCAACAGGGAUACAGAUUCACCAUAUCCUUUGUGGAGGCUGAAGACGCCAGAUGAUCAUGAGGCAGAGACGGGGAUUAAGUCGAAGGAAGCAAGAAAGUAUAUUUUCAACUGUUUGGAUGAUAUGGCACAGGUGAACAUGACAACAGACUUGGAAGGAAGUGAUAUGUUGGUGGAAAAGGCGGACCGGCGGGAGUUUAUAGAUCUGUUAAAGAAGAUGUUGACGAUAGAUGCAGAUAAGAGGAUAACACCCAUUGAAACUCUGAACCACCCUUUCGUCACCAUGACGCACUUGCUCGAUUUCCCUCACAGCACACAUGUCAAGUCCUGCUUCCAGAACAUGGAGAUUUGCAAGCGGCGGGUGAAUAUGUAUGACACAGUGAACCAGAGCAAGACGCCAUUUAUCACCCAUGUAGCCCCAAGCACAUCGACCAACUUGACCAUGACUUUUAACAACCAACUGAACACAGUCCACAACCAGACCACCAACCUGGCUCCCACCUCCUCCAGUGCCACUAUUUCCUUAGCCAACCCCGAGGUCUCCAUACUAAAUUACCAAUCUGCACUCUACCAGCCUUCAGCGGCAUCCAUGGCUGCGGUGGCCCAGCGGAGCAUGCCUCUGCAGACAGGAACAGCGCAGAUCUGUGCCCGGCCCGACCCCUUCCAGCAAGCUCUCAUCGUCUGCCCACCAGGCUUCCAAGGGUUACAAGCCUCCCCUUCGAAGCAUGCUGGGUAUUCAGUUCGGAUGGAGAAUGCUGUUCCUAUUGUCACUCAGGCUCCUGGGGCCCAGCCUCUUCAGAUCCAGCCAGGACUCCUCGCACAGCAAGCAUGGCCCAGUGGCACUCAGCAGAUCCUGCUCCCUCCUGCCUGGCAGCAGCUGACCGGGGUGGCCACCCACACUUCUGUCCAGCACGCGACCGUCAUCCCGGACUCCAUGGCGGGCACCCAACCUCUGGCAGACUGGAGAAACACCCACGCUCACGGCAGCCAUUAUAACCCCAUCCUGCAGCAGCCCGCGCUGUUAGCUAGCCAUGUGACUCUCCCUGCAGCCCAGCCUGUCAACGUGGGUGUCGCUCACGUCAUGCGCCAGCCACCCGCCACCACCACCUCCACCAGGAAGAGUAAGCAGCACCAGUCGGCGCCCCGAAAUGCAUCCACCUAUGAAGUUUCAUCCUCUCAAUCCAUCAGCUCGCCUCAGCGGUCGAAACGAGUGAAGGAAAACACGCCUCCCCGGUGUGCCAUGGUGCACAACAGCCCUGCCUGCAGCACCUCUGUUGCGUGCAGUUGGGGCGAUGUGGCGACCAGCACCACACGGGAGCGGCAGCGGCAGACAAUAAUCAUUCCUGACACCCCUAGCCCCGCAGUGAGUGUCAUCACUAUCAGCAGCGACACAGAUGAAGAGGAGGAGCAGAAGCAUGCACCCACCAGCACCUUGUCCAAGCAAAGGAAGAAUGUCAUCAGCUGUGUCACUGUGCAUGACUCUCCAUACUCUGAUUCCUCCAGCAACAACAGCCCUUACGCCAUGCAGCAUCGCGCAGGCCAGAAUAACGGGAACACCUACGACACCAAAGGGGUUCCAGAGACUCACUGCAGUGGGAACCCCCGAACGAUCAUCGUGCCGCCACUGAAAACCCAGGCCAGUGAGGUGUUGGUAGAGUGUGAUAGCCUGGCACCAGUCACCACCAGUCACCACUCAUCCUCCUACAAGUCCAAGUCCUCCAGCACCGUGACCUCCACCAGCGGUCACUCUUCAGGGAGCUCGUCUGGAGCCGUUGCCUAUAGGCAGCAGCGACCAGGAGCACAUUUCCAGCAACAGCAGCCUCUUAACCUAAGUCAGGCCCAGCAGCACAUCACGACCGAUCGCACAGGGAGUCACCGGCGACAGCAAGCCUACAUCACUCCAACGAUAGCUCAGGCCCCGUAUUCUUUCCCGCACAAUAGUCCCAGCCACGGUACAGUUCAUCCUCACUUGGCCGCGGCUGCUGCUGCUCACCUGCCCACCCAACCCCACCUCUACACAUAUACCGCCCCUGCCGCCCUGGGCUCUACGGGCACCGUCGCACACCUGGUGGCCUCCCAAGGGUCUGCGCGACACGCCGUGCAGCACACCACCUACCCCGCCAGCAUCGUCCACCAGGUCCCGGUCAGCAUGGGCCCGCGGGUUCUGCCCUCGCCCACCAUCCACCCGAGUCAGUACCAGGCUCAGUUUGCCCAUCAGACCUAUAUCAGUGCUUCUCCAGCCUCCACAGUCUACACUGGAUACCCACUGAGCCCCACCAAGGUCAACCAGUACCCUUACAUCUAAACACUGGAAUAAGGAGCAAGAGACGCACUCAUCCCGGGGGAGCGAGGCGGCCGCUUUUGUACUGAAGAACAUGACAAACUUAACAAUGCAAUGGGAGGCUCGCGUGAAACUUGAACGAAGGAGACUUUAAGGAAGAAACGAGAAAGAGGAAGGAAGGGGGAGAACCAAUUCUACACUUUUUAUUUAAAAAAAAAAAAGAAAAUUGAAAAAAAGA